CGCGUUUUCGCGGACGUAACACAGCGACGAGGAGGAGUACUGCGAACGAGGAGGCAUCAUGACUUCCUCGUUGCUCAAGAUUGUGCUGCUUUUGGCGCCGGUGAUAUUGGCCUACGCUUUCAUAACCUACAUCGAAGUUCGCCUGCCGCUUCCGGGCAAACGGGCUCCUCCGGGCUCUCCGUGGCCGGCGCCGCAGCGAUGGCAGUCGUGGCCGCUGCAGCGGAGCCUGGACCCGGAGACGUUCGCGCUGAGUUCGGCGGCUGCCGAAUCGUGCGACGUGGUGGCCAAGGCCCUGGCUAGGUACCGCAAACUGGCCUUCCUCGGUGACACCUCAAGAAGAUCUGCCGGAGGAGAAGGAAUCUCGGCCAUCGUCGACCACGGAGUCCUACCGGCUCUCAGGGUCGAAGUGGCCAACUACGAGGGGCCGGAACACUGCGGAUACCCCCAGCACAAGAGCGACGAGAGUUACACACUCAACGUACCUGAGCAGGGAGAUGCAAUGCUGACGUCUCAAACCGUCUGGGGCGCUUUGCGCGGGCUUGAAACUUUUACCCAGCUCGUUCACCAAGAUCCUGUCAGCAAAGCGUUUCUCGUCAACGUCACCGUCAUUGAUGAUUAUCCCAGAUUUUCCUACAGAGGUUUGCUGCUCGAUUCAUCGAGGCACUUUCAACCUCUGAAGCUUCUCAAGCAAAACUUGGAUGCCAUGUCCUACAACAAGUUCAACGUCUUCCACUGGCACCUUGUUGACGACCAGUCAUGGCCACUGGAAAUGGCGACGUACCCGAACUUGACGCAGAGUGCGUACUCUCCGAGGCACGUCUACAGUCGAAAGGACGUCCAGGACAUCAUCGAGUACGCUCGACUGCGUGGAAUCCGCGUUAUCCCCGAGGUCGACACUCCGGGACACACGCAAGCACUGGGAAAGAUCUUCCCCGAUAUUCUCACGGCAUGCUACUUCAACGGCACCCGUGGUAAACCUGACUAUCCAAAUCACGCUGCGUUCGAGAUGCUCAACCCCAUGCAAAAUUACACCUACGACGUCAUGAAAAGCAUUUUUCAAGAAGUCAUCGAAACCUUCAAGGACAAGUACAUCCACCUGGGCAUGGACGAGGUCUAUUACUCUUGCUGGGAGUCAAGCCCCGAAAUUGCCGAGUUCAUGCGGGAGCAAGGUUUCGAUGCCGUCAACCAGGUGGAGCAGUACUACGUCAAGCGAACGCUGGCCAACGUCCAGAAUCUCGGAGCCAAGUACAUGAUUUGGCAGGAUCCAAUUGACAAUGACGUUAAUGCGGCGAAUGACACCUUGGUUGAAGUGUGGAAGGACACCUCGCUGGACACCAAGAUGAAACGCUGGCAGGACUACAUCAAGCCGAUUGCGCGCAAGGGCUACCAGAUGGUGCUGUCGGCAUGCUGGUAUCUCAAUUACAUCAGCUAUGGCGAGGACUGGAAAAAGUUCUACAAGUGCGACCCGCGCAACUUCGAAGGCACCGAGGCUGAGAAGGAUUUGGUUGUCGGUGGAGAAGCCUGCAUGUGGGGCGAAUACGUGGACGGCACUAACCUGAUUCCCAGGCUAUGGCCUCGCGCUUCGGCCGUUGCGGAGCGCCUCUGGAGCAGCGCAGAUGUCAACAACACGGAUGACGCCAGUUUUAGGCUGGAUCAACAGCGCUGCCGCAUGCUAAGGCGCGGCAUACCGACGCAGCCAAUCCUGAAUGGCUACUGCGGCGACUACGAGUGGGAUCUGGAAACUCCCUAUCACAUCGAUUAAACGCGCAGCUGGACGACUGCGCGAACUACGUGCCGAUUCACCUAACGGCUGACUGAAUUAUACAAGACA